AUCAAUUGUGCAAUUUUCGAUGAAACUUUAUUGGAAUCUAAAAGUUCGAUAUAGAUAAAAGUAUAUUAUGAGAACUAAAAAGUGAAAAACAAUGUAAAGACUUUAUAUGAUAAUGUUGACAAUAAUUGUUAUGAAACAGCUGCGGCUACUUCGUUUGGCAGCCAUUUGGUUCUUAAUUGGCAUCUGUGGAUUGCCCACGACGAUUGGGUACUUUAUUGAUUAUACAGAGAACACGGAGCUGAUACAACAGCGUGCCGGCUACGACGUUAGGCUGCAGUGCAACCUUACGGGUCUGGUGGAUGAGCGCAGGCUGCCGGAUAUUAGAAUACACUGGUACUUCAAGCAAUGCAGCGACAAUAAUUGUUACCAGCUGGAAUCUGGCGAUGACUGGACUGCACUGCCCUGCGACUCCACACUCUGCCGCCCAGAGCUCUGGCUGCGCAAUGUGACCGAGCGUUACUCUGGCCUGUACAAGUGCAGCAUUAAUCCUCAAGUAUGGGAUGUGCAACUUAUUCGCACCUAUCAGCUGGAAGUGAAGAAUAGCUCGCUAGCCGCACCGGAGUUUCUAGAUGCGUAUCCGAGCAAUAAAACCGCCAUUCAGGACACUCGAGUGGUGUUCCAGUGUCGCGUUCACAGCGAAGAGCACUUAACUAUUAAAUGGUUUAGACGACACGGAUAUGCUGCAUAUAUGCCGGCGCCAGAGACGCCUCAGCCCCCAGCUGGCACUUCAAAUUUCAGUACUCACAUUGUGCGCUACAAUGGACGUACCUACGAGCUGCUGCCUACUUCUCCGGAAAAGCUAAUCAGUCCACAGAUCUAUCUCAGCAAGCUUAUAUUAAACAGCGUGCGGCUAAGGGAUGCCGGCUACUAUGCUUGUGUGGCAAUAAGCUAUCGGGGCCAUAAAAUACGAGAAGCCUAUCUAGAAGUAUUGCCACCCGAUGAGAAUAUGGAAUACUGGGUGGACUACAGUAACAACGAUGAGGUUGUCACUGAAGAUACCAGCGAUCCUCGCGAAUUUCUCUUGUUGUUUCUCAUGCCACUUGGCUUAGCGCUGCUGCCGCUGAGCGUUUGGGGUGGAUACAUGCUCUAUAAGCGCUGCACCCGGCAUAGCGAGUGUGAGCGCAUCGAACAGCAAUACUCGGAUGAGGAGCUGGACACAGAACGCUAUGUGCUCGGCGGCAGUUGACAAUGUUGGCUAUUUUCACAUUGCGCAUGCGCUUACAAGGUGGGAAGGUGUGGGAACAAAGACUGUGCUUAAACUUAAGUUAUAAUGUGUACAAAACAAUUACAAAUAAGUUUGAAAAUUA